AUGCGACCUCGGCAUACAGCGCCGGAAGUAGUUCCAUCUGACAUCGAAGGGGGUGGCAACAGCUAUGGCAAGACCAUCUCCAUGGCAGGUUCUGGAGGCCGACCCAUAAUCCAACCGUUCGAGGGCCAUGGAGGCGGCGACGGCAAGUCCAAGGGCCGCAGGGGCAUGGCCAUGGACAAAGAGCUUCUGCAGAAGGUCGGACUGGGAGUCGGAGGGGUUUGGCUCCUUGGUUGGCUGCUUCUCGGGUGGGAUGUGAUGUGGCCGCUGUACCUGGUAUAUGACUUGCUUCAUUACAUCUUGUCCUUCCCUCCAUUCUCCUGGUUCUCCUGGAUGUUUGGUGGCUGGAUGUCUCGGGGGGCGCCGGUUCUGAACCAUGGCCAGCCCAUAGAGGAGGCAACGCUGCCUGCAGGACAGGUGUCUCAGUAUGUCAACAGCUACGUGCAGCAGUACGGCGACGCUGCUUUGAUCUUCGCAACGAACGAUGGGUAUCCCCAGAUUGUGAAGGAGCUCAUCCACAACGAGGAUCUGGGCUACAGGGACCUGGUGGAUGCACGCGAUGACAGUGGGAACACAGCUCUGAUCUACGCAGCCGCAAAGGGAUUCCGGCAGUGCACAGCGGCCCUGCUCCGCGCCGGCGCCGAUCCAGAGCUGCCCAACCAGGGCAACGGUGGGCGAACUCCGCUGAUGGAGGCAGCAGGUGGAGGAUACAAAGACAUUGUUUCGGCUCUGCGAAUGAUGCCUAAAAUUUCCGUCGAUCUUGCUGAUGAUCAUGGCAACACGGCCCUGCACUAUGCGGCCUAUCAUGGUCAUCUUGCAGUCGUCAUGGAGUUGCUGAAAAGCAACCCCAACAAGGACCUUAAGAACAUCUAUGGUCACACUGCGGCGAGUUACGCUGCUUCCAACAAGUUCAAGGGCAUAGCCGACGUCCUGAACAGGGCCGAUCCCGCCAGAUCACAAAGGAGAGCCCAAGAGAAGGAGAAAGCGGACGAAGAGGCCGCCAAGGAAAUUGAAGACAAGAUCCGCGAGCAUUUGAAUCAGCUGAAGUCAAAGCAGGAACAUGAAGAGAAGAGCAAACACGUCAAGGGGAAAGCUGAGAACCUGCAUGACCGUGAUGCAGAGGCUCCCCAGGCCCAGGCGCCUGGGCCUGGGCGCCGAUCUGUGGCUUACGUCUCGGAGCCCGUGACUGCACGCUGGGCACAUGGCCAGGGCACGGCCGGCACGGGCACGGCUUCGCCAGAUCCAUCCCCCCUCGUGCAGCCAUGGCCGCUGCCACCGGCACAGCAGCCACCGGCACAGCAACCCCAUCAAGCCUGCCUUAGCGAGCCAAGCAACAUCACGAACAAUCCGGCAUGCGACCUCUCCACGAAGCCUGCAGCAUCACCUCCGGAAGGAGUCGAUACAGAGGCAGCCAUUGUUGAUCUCAAAGAGCAGAUCGGUGGAUUGCGUAAAGAGCUCCAUGCAGUUCGCAGCAACUUGGAUGCUCAGCUGCGGAAAGAGCAGCCCCAGCUCGGCGCAUUGCGCCAGCGGGUGAACUCACUUUGCUCUGAACUGGCUGACUGUGGCACUGAAGCUCUGAAGAUGUGUUCGGAUCUCGGACAUCGAGCUGCUGGUGAUGCUGUUCUGCGAAGCCGCAGUGCACCUGGAGGCAAUGUGUGGCGGAGGCCAUCAGGCUGCCCACAAGCGCGGAAUCCCGCCAUCCGGCUUUCGACAGGGCCAGCAGUGUAUUCCUGCAUUCCAGCAACACUGUCUCCUCGCAUGCUGCGAGCAGCACCAAACGCUAAUGCCUCAGAACCGAUCACUAGUGGAGUCGCACGACGCUGCAGCGGACGCACAGAUGGGAGCAAUCUUCCAUCUCGAGCCCAAAGCGCGAACUCUGUGAAUGUGAUGACGGCGAACACCACUGCACAAAGCCUCCCCCGAAACGAGAGUGCCAGCAGCUUCGUAUUGACUGCUAAGCCUAUGCAAGUUCGGACCUCCGCGGUGUCCACAUUGGCCGCCCCGCACGCCCCACCAUCUCCGAAAGAGACGGUUCCGGCAAAAGCCUCAAGAGCUUGGUCACCAAAUCCUGUUCCAGGAUCUCUGACUCCGGAGAUUUUGCGGCAGGCAUCUGCGAAAUCGGCGGCUUCCGACGGAACUACCUGCCACAACUGCGGCAAUCGCCUGCCCCCUGAUGCUCCCUAUUGUCGGUUUUGCGGCUUGGGACGAUAUCGCGCAAGAGCGCCAAGGCAUUCAGUGUACCCUAGCUCCGAAGCAGAGGAUGCGGCAGCUGGAAUCAAUGAUGACGCGCUGCGUGAAGAGGUGGUCAAGCAGCUACACGAAAUGGCUGCGAACCCAGCGGAGAAUGCUCGCAUGAGUGAUCGCCUGAUCUCCGCCGGCUUCGGUCCGAUCAGCAUGCCGCAGGCGCAGCCAAGCUCUCCUUCAGGCAGCACAGUAGGCAGCCCCAGGAGCAGGAGGCGUGCCAUGGAACCUGUGCGAGAAGGGUCCCCAUUGGGCCAGUCGGCUUUGUGGCACAAGCCGGGCAGGAUUCCUUCAACAAUGAAGGAUGCUGGUAUGACAGGCCAAUGGUCGCCAAGACGUCCCUCUCAGCACUGGACCUCUCGGCGCUCAAAGUUCGUGCCCCGGCAGAUUGAUGAGAAGCAGAAGCAAAGUUCUUCUGGUAGUUGCGAAGGCUGGAGCCCACAAAGGCCUUCCAACUCCCGACUUCGAGCCAUCCAUAGAGAAAGACGAUGGCGUCUCGGAGUCUGA